AUGUUCUCCAAACGAAGGAGACCAUUACUUCUGGAACAAACUUCAAUACAACUGAAUAAUAUGGAAGAUCGUUUAAUUAAGAGGGCAAUAACAGACAUCAAGAACUAUAACGAAUUUACUAAAAGCAAUUCCUAUUAUCUAAAGUCAAUCCAACAACAUGUGGACGAACUUUGUCCUGAACUUGCAAAACUUUGCGAAUUGGUGAAUCAAGAGAAUCAACAGCAAAUCAGUAUUAUUUCUAGAAUGAUUGUUGAUGAUUUCUAUCUAGAAUUAUCUCAAAUUCAAAUAAAUGAAAUUAAUCAACAAUUAUUCGAGCAUCAAGCUCAUUUGUUUAAAAAAUUAGUUUCCUAUUUGUUAAAUGAUAAUACAAAAUAUGCUGAAAAUCCAGAAAAAAUUGCACAUUGCUUAAUGAUAUACUUGGUUUCAUUUUCCAAUUAUCCAUCUUUUAUGACUUUUCAAUUGAAUCAUCUAAAUAGGUUACUUAUUAACAUACUCAAGAUUUGUCAUCAGCAUCCACAAAUAUUUGAAAUAUGGUUGGCUUUACCUGAAUAUACCGAGAACCAGUCAUUAACCAUUAGAUCAUUAAUUUCACCGUCGAAGCCACCAAAUUCGAAUUUUGCUUUAUACGACAUUCUCAUAAAAUUAUUUAUUGAUUAUGAUCAGUACGAGAGUUCUCAACUUUUACCAAAACUUUUGAAACUUACAAAUAACUCUCCACAAUUAUUAACUUGGUUUUAUGAACAUGAUCAAAUGGAAGAUGCCUUCACAGAAAAACUAGCAUUGGUUCUUCGCGAAGCAGUACAGAAUCGAAAAAUUCCCCAACCAGUUCAAGAUUCAUUCAACAAAUAUACCCAAAUCUUGAUUGAAAUUAUUGAAGUCAGUGCUCCAAGGUUAAGUAACAAAUUCUAUGAAAUAUUCGAAACCAAUUUCCUUAAUAAAAUGCUUGACAGGAAAUUACAUAUUCAUUGUACUUCAUUCUUAUUCUCAAUAUUGAAAACUCUUACAGAUAAUUCUGGAACUACAUUCACUUUAGAACGAAUCACAGGAAACAAAUAUUUUAUAUCUUAUAUUAACAAGAUUAUUGAACAAAAGCAUGAUAAUCAAGAAUUUUUACAUGUGCUAUAUAGCUUAUUCCUAGAGCAUGACAUUGCAAUCUUAAAAUUAAUGGGAUCGCCAGAAACUCCUCUUGAAUACCCCUGUCCUAUUAUAGACCUUAAAAUUAAAACAAUGAAAAUCCAUCAAUGUAAAACCAAUGAGGUUGCCAGACGGUUGGAAACUCUUGUAAAGAAUAGCUUUCAUUCAAUUGAUUUCUUCAAAAGACCUCCUACUGAAAACCUUAUAGUACUCGAUUUGUCUUCACAGUUGUUUCUUAAGUUAAACAUGUACAAUAACCAACAAUUCAGAAGUGUCUUAGAAUACCUCUAUGAUUCCUAUAUGUUCUACCAAGACUUGCUACAUCAAAAUGAUCAAUAUAGGUUCGAUUCGAUUGAAUUACAAAGAUUAAAGGAAAGUAGAUAUGUCCCUCCUAGUCCUGAUUUAUUAGAAGAAUUACAAAUUGAUAAUUAUGAAUCACAAACUGAAAUCAUUGAUUAUCACCAUUUAAGAUCAAAUUUACAAUUUUUUCAAAUCAACUUUCUAACAGAAUUAUACGUUCAUUCUAAAUUUAAACAUAUUCUAGUUAAUUUUGAAAUGCUUCCAAAUCAAAACACAUAUUUAUCUUCUUAA